CAACAAUUUUGAAUGAGAAAUUCUUAGUUUUAAAUCGUUAAAAAUUUAUAGUGAGCUGUUUGGAACAUGUUAAUGAUGCUUUUAAAAGAACAAGGAUUGUGGAACUUAUAUUGCAGAUUUAGUGUAUGGAUAAACCCAUUUGUGCAGAUGUUUUGAAUUGUUUAAACCAGAUCGCGGUACUUUGGAAUGGUUGGGUUUCUACAUUUCGAAUUUCAGAUUGGUGGAUAAUUCUGAAGAUACUUACAAGUUUUGGGAAUUUCAAGUGAUAGAAAAAAGAAGAUAAACUUAUGGACCGACUCAAUGGUGCUGCCAAUCUAAUGAUAGUGUCAGAUCUUGAUUUUACAAUGGUAGACCAUGAUGAUCCAGAGAACCUUGCUCUUCUCAGGUUCAAUGCGCUGUGGGAAGCUUAUUAUCGUCAUGAUUCUCUGCUAGUUUUCUCCACUGGGAGAUCGCCUACUAUAUAUGGAGAUUUAAGAAAACAGAAACCUUUGUUGACUCCUGAUGUCACUAUAAUGUCUGUGGGUACUGAGAUUACAUAUGGUGAAACCAUGGUACCUGAUGAUGGUUGGAAACAGUAUCUGGAUCAUAAGUGGGACAGUGACGUGGUUUUGGAGGAAACAUCCAAGUUUCCUGAACUAACUUUGCAAUCAGAAACAGAACAACGGCCUCAUAAGGUCAGCUUUUAUUUGGAAAAAGGGAAGGCCCCAAAUGUCGUCAAAGCUCUCUCAAAAUGUUUGGAGAAACGCGGGUUAGAUGUGAAAAUAAUUUAUAGCAAUGGUAUUGCUUUGGAUGUAUUACCCCAAGCUGCUGGAAAAGGAAGGGCACUUGCUUUUCUACUUGAAAAACUAAAUGCUGAUGGACUUGGACCACGCAACACUCUUGUUUGUGGUGAUUCUGGAAAUGAUGCUGAACUGUUUACUGUGCCUGAAGUUAAUGGGGUCCUGGUCAGCAAUGCACAGGAAGAAUUGCUUCAUUGGUAUACAGAAAAUGCAUGGAGCAAUCCCCAAAUAAUUCAUGCAACUGAAAGAUGUGCAGCUGGCAUUAUGCAAGCCAUCGGCAACUUCUCUCUUGGUCCGAAUGUGUCUCCAAGAGAUAUUGGAGAUUGCAUGUCCAGCAGGAAAGUUCUUGGUCCUAGCCAUGAAGUAGUGAUGUUCUACAUAUUUUAUGAGAGAUGGAGGCGUGGUGAAGUUGAGAAUCCUAAGCAGUAUAUGCAAAAUUUGAAAUCAGUCUUUCAUUCUACUGGAAAUUGUGUCCAUCCUUCAGGAGUUGACCAACCUAUGCAUCAAGUUAUAGAUACCUUAGAAAAAGCUUUUGGUGACAAGAAGGAUCAAUACUAUCGAGUGUGGAUUGAUGGUGUAUCUUUUGCAGAGGUUAGUUUGGGUUCGUGGCUGGUCAAAUUUGACAAGUGGGAGAUAUCUGGGAAUAAGUCACAGGGUUGUUUAACAAAGGUUUUGGUGAAUUCAAAGGUUGAUGCACCACAUCAUUAUACCUGGAUGCACUUGCAUCAGACUUGGUUGGAUGGCUUAGGAGAAAAGGAUGAAGUGUCUUGGUUGUUGUAGUUUCUAAUCACUUCUCUUUGGUUCAAGGUGAGUUGAAGCCGCAAGAAUGCAAGAUAAAUUGUUAAUAAGGGUAUUUCAUUUUAUCUCUUAUUGAAUAAUGAUGUAUUAAAAAAAUUAGAUAGGUCUUUUAUUAAAUUAACUAAACUAAUUAGAUCAA